AACACUCAAUGUCGGAACGUUCCGAAGAUGACGUCGGAGCGUUCUCGAAUCCCGUGUCUCUCGGCUGCUGCUGCCGAAGGAACAGGGAAAAAGCAACAAGAAGGAAGAGCAAUGGCGACACUGGAUCGCAAAGUGCCCAGUCCGGAGGCGUUUCUGGGCAAACCCUGGUCCUCCUGGAUCGACGCCGCCAAAUUACACUGCUCCGACAAUGUAGAUUUAGAAGAGGCUGGAAAAGAGGGUGGAAAAAGCAGGGAGGUUAUGAGGCUUAAUAAAGAAGAUAUGCACUUGUUUGGCCAUUAUCCAGCACAUGACGACUUCUAUCUCGUAGUGUGCAGUGCCUGUAAUCAGGUCGUCAAGCCACAGGUUUUCCAGUCGCACUGCGAGAGAAGACAUGGUUCAAUGUGUAGACCUUCUCCCUCUCCCGCGUCUCCAGCCUCCAAUCCCAGGACAUCACUAGUACAGGUGAAAACAAAAGCCUGUCUCAGCGGCCAUAACUCUGCCAGCAGCACCUCAAAGCCAUUCAAAACGCCCAAAGACAAUCUACUUACCUCCAGCAGCAAACAGCACACAGUCUUUUCUGCAAAAGGAUCAAGGGAUAAACCAUGCGUUCCGGUUCCUGUAGUCAGUUUAGAGAAAAUUCCUAACCUAGUGAAGGCAGAUGGUGCCAAUGUCAAAAUGAACUCUACGACCACUACUGCAGUUGCCGCCUCCUCCACCCCGUCCUCUGCUGUCUCCGCCCCUCCUUUAAUUAAGCCGGUCCUGAUGUCCAAAUCAGUGCCACCUUCACCCGAGAAGAUCUUAAAUGGCAAAGGAAUUCUGCCAGCUACCAUAGACAAGAAACACCAAAAUGGCACCAAAAACAGCAACAAGCCUUACAGGAGACUUUCAGAGAGAGAAUUUGACCCAAAUAAACACUGUGGAGUAUUGGAUCCCGAGACAAAGAAACCUUGCACAAGAUCCCUCACCUGCAAGACACAUUCGCUAAGCCAUCGGAGGGCAGUCCCCGGCCGGAAAAAGCAAUUUGACCUCCUCCUGGCAGAACACAAAGCCAAGUCCCGGGAAAAAGAAGUGAAAGAUAAAGAGCAUCUCCUGACUUCCACAAGGGAAAUACUUCCAAACCCAUCCGGGCCAGCGCAGGAUUCUCUGCCAGGAUCUUCAGGGAGCUCUGGGCCAGAACCAAAAGUUGCAUCCCCUGCAAAAUCCAGGCCACCUAACUCUAUACUUCCCAGACCGUCAUCUGCAAACAGCAUAAGCAGCAGCACGUCUUCAAAUCACAGCGGCUACACUCCAGAGCCCCCUCUGCCCCCAGUCGGAGCUGACCUUGCCAGCCGACUGUCCAGUGAUGAAGGGGAGAUGGACGGAGCCGACGAAUCCGAGAAACUAGACUGUCAGUUCUCCACACACCACCCCAGACCUCUCGCGUUUUGCUCAUUCGGCAGUCGCCUCAUGGGACGCGGGUACUAUGUGUUUGAUAGAAGAUGGGAUCGUUUUCGAUUCGCGCUAAACUCCAUGGUAGAAAAACACUUGAAUUCACAGAUGUGGAAGCACAGAAGCCCGAGCCACAGGGCAUCAGGUCCCUCCCCCCUGUUCAGGACUUGCCUAACCAAUCUGCUGUCACUGAGCAACAUUGGGGCUGCCUGGGUGUCAACUCUGGAGAGCGUAGCACCCCGCUGCCCUCUCAACCUCGCUGCCCAAACCCCAGGCCCCGACGGGCCCGAACCUGGAGGGAUGGCAGCCGAUGGGGGCGUGGAAGACAUUAGGAAGAAAAGGAACGGCCAAGACUCUUUUUUCUUUAACAAGCAUUUAACUCUGCAUCAGGAGACGCCAACACAGUAUUCUCUUUCAGCCAGGAAGAUCCCUCCUGCGGCAGAUAGCCCCCUGCCCUCGCCAGCAGCCCACAUCACCACCCCUGUUCCAGCAUCCGUUUUGCAGCCUUUCAGCAACCCCAGUGCUGUGUAUCUUCCUUCAGCUCCCAUCAGCUCGAGACUCACCUCUUCUUACAUAAUGACAUCAGCCAUGCUCUCAAACGCAGCUUUUGUGGCAUCGCCGGACCCGAGCGCCCUCAUGCCCCACACCACAGCUUUCCCUCAUGUGGCCGCAACCCUCAGCAUCAUGGACUCAACCUUCAAGGCCCCAUCCGCCGUGUCCCCGAUACCAGCCGUCAUCCCUUCCCCAUCCCACAAGCCAUCCAAAACCAAAACCAGCAAAUCCUCAAAAGUCAAAGACCUGUCUGCCCGUAGCGACGAGUCUCCAAGUAACAAAAAGAGGAAGCCGCAGUCUUCGACUUCCUCCUCCUCCUCUUCCUCCUUGUCCUUGCAGACACCCCUCUCGUCUCCACUGUCAGGGCCCCACAAAAAGAACUGUGUUUUGAACGCCAGUUCAGCUUUGAACUCCUAUCAGGCGGCCCUUCCCUAUAACAGUCUGUCUGUGCACAACUCAAACAACGGGCUGAGCCCACUCAGUGCCAAACUGGAGCCCUCAGGACGGACCUCGCUGCCCGGCAGCCCCGCGGACAUAGUGAGACAGGUGGGCGCGGUGGGAGGCAGCAGUGACUCCUGCGCCCUCUCUGUGCCCUCCCUCGCGCUCCACGCAGGGGACCUCUCUCUGGCCUCACACAAUGCCGUGUCUUCUCUGCCCCUCUCUUUUGACAAAUCAGAAGGAAAAAAGCGUAAGAACUCGAGUUCUAGUAGCAAAGCCUGUAAAAUCACUAAAAUGCCUGGUAUGAAUAGCGUUCACAAAAAGAACCCGCCCGGCCUUCUUGCACCGGUGCCCGAGCCCGUUAACAGCACCUCCUCUCGGCAGGUUGGGAAAAAUAGCAGCCUAGCUUUGUCACAAUCCAGUCCUUCAAGCAUAUCCAGCCCAGGACACAGCCGACAGAAGAACACAAACAGAAUGGGCAGGAUAAGGACUCUUCCAUAACAAGACUAUGAAGCCACUUCCAAACCAAUUCCAGGCCCCCUGAUCCCACCCCAGGAGGCCGUGGGGAGGAGGAGGGAGGGGAGUGGGCCAUGGGGGAGAGUCUAUUUCCUCUGCCCUGCCUGUGGCUCUGGCCUUUCUUCUUCUGCUUUUUUUUUUUUUUUUUUCUUCAAUUGACCAGUUUUUAGUUUUGAAGAAACAGGCAAAAGAACGUGAAUUUGAGAUUUACAGAAAACAACACCAGUGUUUUGUUUCUGUUGUCUUUCCUUUCAUUUGCCACAUAAUUUAUACAUUCUUCCAAAUUUGGGGUACUCUCUUAGCUCCUGAUGCUGCUACUGCAUCAUCAUCUUGCUCCACCCAUGCGAGCAGACAUGGCAGAACAUCAGUUCUGGGUUGGCACUGCCUGAAGCUCUUGAACUUGAGCACACACAGAGUCCUUUUCCUUCCUUGUCCUCUCCACCAGAUCCCUCCCUCCCAUCCCUCCACCUGCCACUCACUGGGUCCCCACCGCCCCCGGAAGGAACUGGCUCUUACAGCCUCCCCUCUGGACUGCAUGCAGGGGGAGGUAAUUUUGCUGGGGAGAAGCUGAAAGCAGAGAGACAGGUGGGAGGGUCGGGAGGUGCCCUCAUCAGGUUUCUACAGCCCACCAUGGCUGGAGCCUAAUGCUAGGGGCACAAUUGAGAACAGCUCCAUUUCAUGAUGUGGCUUACGCAUUUCCACUGUCCGGCUGUGCAGCUCAGAAAGGAGACACCAGGUCAGGGACAGGGGCUGGACUGGGUCUGGGAGGGUGGCAGGAAGCAGAGCUGGGAGGUAGGGGACAAUCAAUCCCUCAAAAGAUGGUGGGAACCCAGUGACUGUGGUGGUCCGAGCUUGUUGGGAAUCUACCGAAUCCCUUCCAGGGCACAGUGUGCAAGUGCCCAAAGCAGGAUGAGCCAGAAAGGGAGAAAUCCCAGGAAAAAGGCCAUGAGAACCCAGAAAGCCACUCCCUGAGGAGGCAUGGUGACCACACACAGCUGCUGCAGGUUCUCAAGGUGCCCUCCGGGCUAGGAAGGGUCCUCUGGGGAAAGCUUCCUUGGAGAAUUACGUGUCAAACCCCCUGUGAGAAUAAAUACUAGCGUUUCCCACCCACCCCCGUGGCCUGGGCCACAGGCACCCGGCGGGAUCAGCACAGCCAUUGACCAGCAUGUGCUACAUGACCAGAUGCCCCCACUCAGAGACAGCCAUCCCCAAGAAGGCAUGGGAAGGACGAGCCACUGCUUAGUGACCAGGAGCCAUUUGGAAGAGCCGGGACAGAGCCGUUGGAACCCAGCAGCUACAGAAACAUUCACACUGGGGUUUUGAAAGAAACAGCAAUACCAUAAGCUCUAAUAGGGAGUCAUAAUCAGGAAAGGAGUUAACAAUAUAAAAUAGGUGUUCUGUAACUUUGCAUACGGGAUGGAGCAGAGCCACUAGGAGAUUUGCUUCAUCCUUAGAUCAGAAAUGAAUGCUAGUUUUACAGCUGGGCACAACCCUCGUCCCCACCCUGACGCUUUCCUUUCCUUUCCCGUCCCUUUCCCGUCCCCCAACCCAAAGAUCAGACUACUGUUAAGUCUCACCUUAUGACUGGAAUCUGCAAAGACGGGAGGCAAACGGAGUGAUUUGCAUCAAUGGAAUUGCACUGACAGUGUUUCUUAUAGGAUUACUAAAUUUUUUAGUAUAAAAUGAAGAUUUUUUUAAAAAUCAGGAGUUGAUAUUAAGUAUCAGAACAUUAGUUCGGAUGAUUUCAUUUUUAUUUCUACAGUGUUAAAAGUGCACUUAUAUGCUGGUUUAUUUACAUCUUGGGAAAAAGAGACUGCAAAUUGAACGGACGAUUGUUACUUUUUCUUUUUUUAAAAAAAGAAGGUUAAGGCAGAUUUUAAGACUUAUAAAUGUUUAAGAAAUUAUAAACAAGGUUAGACCCUUUGGAAAAAAGCUUAGAAGAUAUUCUUAAAGUAAAUUUUUAUAGUGUUAAUUUUGUAAUAAUUUAUGUUUUACUAUAUUACAGAGCUAACUGACCAGAAUAGUUUCAGAAACAAUAUGAAACUUAGGAAAGUUUAAGCAAUGUUUAUAUUUUUAAAAUGUUCUUUGAAUUAUGUUUUUAAUUGUACAUUUCUUCAGACUGAAAAGUAUGUACAUAUCUUUGUUAUUUUUGCACAAUUUUUGUCUUGUUCGGUUUCAGAAGUCUGUUGUUUUUUAUAAUUUAUUUUGAGUUGUAAAACUCACGGGAGUAAACACAAAACAAAACAAAAUCUCAGCAACAAAAUAACCCUCUGAUUUAUAAACUGUUGUAUUCGAGGAGGGAAAACAAAGGUUGGGAGAUUCCGUGGCCGCUCCUGAGAAAUAAUGUCUCAACAGAGACCGAAGGAGCCAUUCAGCUUAAACAUUGUGGCUCUCUCCAUCUGGAAUUGGAAGCCAGAAUAAAGAGGCUCCCCAUCGAAUGCUGCUUACUUUGUUGAAAGACUGGCUGUGACCAAGGUGAGGACAUUUCUGGAAAACUGAGCAAAAAAGGGAAACCCACAGCAUUUCUUCCUUCACGAUCAACUACAGGUUUACUUUAUAAUGAUGUGUUAGAAACUUGCAGCUUCAAAAAUGGAAUGCAAAUAGAAGGUUCUCUUUGGGUUUGUUUUCAUGGAGUUAAACUGGAGCAGCCUCUGAAGCAUUAUUCGGGUGACAUCCUUUGGGUCCCUCCGCUCUGCACACCCGCUCAGUCUUCUCUCCCGGCCCCUUGACUGCACACACCCCUGUUUGCCUGAAGAUCUCCUGACUCGUCGCCAGCCACAGAGGCUCGAAAGCUCUGGUUGUUAAGCAUAACGCAAUGCUUAGACCUGUCAGCCAUAAAAAAAAAAACAAAAAACAGAAAAAAAAAAACGCGACUUGGAUAACUUGUAUGCCUUCUUUUGUAUCAAUGUACCAAUUGUAAAUAACGCUGAUCAACCUUUGUAGAGAAUAGUUUAUACAGCAUAUUCUAUUAUUGCUGAUUCUCAGUGAACUCCUGUUUUAAAAAAGGAAAAAAAGAAAUUUUCUAUUUACCUUCUAUUUUGUUAUGCUGUCGGCCCAUGGCACUUUAACAAAACUCUGUGGGUUUUAUGUAGCUGGUCAGUCAUGGGGUAUAUUAAAUAACUGUUGUUGCACAGACAAGAAUUUGCACCUGCUCAUUUGUCCUUUCCUACUACCGAUUUUAGAACCUUUUCCAGAAGAAUUUUGAAGAAAGCAUGUCCAAUCAUCCUGAACAAAUGCCACACUUGUGGAGUGGGUUUCCUUUCUACGAUCCAUAUUUUGUAACACUAAGUAUUUUCCUUCUUUGUCCCGCACCUUUAUGUAUUAGCACUAUCAGAUAGAAUUCAUUCCAUGCCUGUGAUAUUGUAAGCAGAAUUAAUGUCUAAAGUAGGUGUAAAUAGUAAAUUCUAUGGCUUACAGUUUUAAAAGGAAAGAACAAACACGUAUCUAUUGAUACUGCCAUGGUUCAACACCAGGCCUGGAAAUAUUCUCCAGUGAGCGAUUGUAUUUUUUUUUUUUUUGCUUUUUUUUUUUUUUUGUAACAUGGCUUUGUAAAUAAAAUAAUUUAUAU